CCAAGAGCACGCUCAGGAUGGAUUCUUUGAAGGACGCGGCGGCGAAAGUCGGCGACAAGGUUUCUAAUGCUACGUCGACGGACAAGUCGAAUUCUGCUGGGGAAGGGGAUGCCCAUCAGAAGACAACGGGAUUUGGCAAGUCUGACAGUGUGGAUACAGCAGGCAGACCGGACGUCACCGACACUUACGGUACUCACCCGAAAGAGAAGGCUGCAAGUCUUGUGUCAAAUUUAGAGAAGCUUGGUGGUAAGCCAGUCGCCAAUUAGUUACCUGUACAUGCAGUACGAGUUUAUCACUAGAUCAGUUGCUUGUGAAUACAUUGCAGUAGAGAAUCUGAUUAGGGUUCUGAUAGUCGUGCAAUUCGAUCGUUGUCUCCCAAAUUUAGGAUUCCAAGUCUGGCUGUUACUUAUCUGUCAGGAUAAACCAGGACCUUGUAGAAGUCAUUUCUGUGUAAUUUUAUGGUCUUCUCUAUAUUUUACUUUGAAAUUACAGAUCCAAUUCUUUC